GAAAUUGCAUCUCCUCCGGGAAGCCUUCCCUGAAGAGGCCCCCACCUUCCCCUGCCCCAUUUCUCUUCCAGGAGCAGCCACGGGCCCGUGCUCCUACCGCCGUAGGCCCCGGGGCCCGGAGAGAUGCCCUCAGGCCGCCGGCUGGCCCAGGGGCUACUGGGAGGGGUCGCCCUGCUCACCCUGGCCUUCUGGAACCUGAAGUUCCUGCUCCCACGGCCGGAGGUUGCCCCUCGGCCUCGCCCCCGCGGGACCCUCACUGUGCUCGUCUGGCACUGGCCCUUCGGCCGGCCGGCGAACCUCAGCGGUGACGUCUGCGCCGCCCUGUACGGCGUGGAGGGCUGCCUCCUCACCACCAACCGCAGCCUCCUCCGCCAGGCCGACGUGGUCGUCUUCCACGACCGGGAGCUGCAGUCCGGCCAGGCCCGGCUACCUCUGAGCGACCGCCCACCGGGGCAGCCCUGGCUCUGGGCCACCCUGGAGUCCCCCACCCACACCUCCGGCCUGGCCCACCUGGGCGGCAUCUUCAACUGGGUCAUGACCUACCGCCGCGACUCGGACAUCUUCAUGCCCUACGGGGAGCUGGUGCCCCGGUCCUCCCCUGCUCCGGCCCUGCCGCCCAAGAGCGGGCUGGUCUCCUGGGUGGUCAGCAACUAUCACGCAGGGCAGCGGCGGGCGGCCGUGUACGCCGAGUUGGCCAAACACGUGCCGGUGGCCCUGUUCGGCCGGGCUAACGGCCGGCCCCUCUGCCCGGCUUGCCUGGUCUCCACUACUGGCCGCUACCGCUUCUACCUGGCCUUCGAGAACUCCCAGCACCGCGACUACAUCACCGAGAAACUCUGGCACAACGCCCUGCUGGCGGGCACGGUGCCCGUGGUCCUGGGGCCGCCCCGGGCCACCUACGAGGCCUUCCUGCCCCCGGACGCCUUCAUCCACGUGGAUGACUUCGGCUCCGUCCGGGAGCUGGCCCACUUUCUGUCCGGCAUGAACGACAGCCACUACCAGCGCUUCUUCCGCUGGCGGGAGCGGCUGGCCGUCAGGCUGUACGCUGACUGGAGGGAACGUUUUUGCACCAUCUGCUCUCGUUUUCCGCACUUGCCCCGGGGGCGGGUCUACCAGUACCUCGAGGCCUGGUUCCGGGGGGGGUGACGGCUGGCAGGGAGAGGGCCCGGGAUGGGGUGGGGAGGUGCCGCAGGUCCCGCGGGAAGGGACCCAGGAGAGAUUUUGAA